AUGGAGUUGCGCAUGGCUCAGAUCCUACCCCCGGGCUACCUCUAUGGAUCAGGAUUUGUGUUCUCUGGCAGCUUUUCCCAACUGUACACCGCAUUCGGGAGGGGCGCUCCCAUACCAUUCUCAUAUACAGGGUGUGGAGACAGCUGCACAACGACACUCCAAGGAUUCGGCUUCAGUGUCAACUGUUCAACUGUCCCAGUGUCCAAUGACGACGCGAGGGCAGGCUUUAGAUCUGAGAAUGUGACGACGAUUGGGAGUGCCGUACCGGUUUUCAACGUCUCAUCCAGCCUUUAUGGUGAAAUCGAGUGCGACCUUGGCGAUUCCUGCUUCGCCAAAAAUAAGGCUGCAGCAGAACUUGGAAGGAUCGAGAUUGCAAACUUGUUCAAAGCAGCGCCCGAUUGUGAGAGUGAUGUGUCUGUUACCAGCUGCAGUCUGCAGCAAGCUAUAGUGGAGUACGAUGUUGUGCUCCAAGACGGCAUCGUUUCUUUGCAACAUGCGCAUUGGCAGAACGACACCGUCCUAUACAAUACACCACCUUGGGACGAGCCUGAGUCCCUCAACUACUACGGUAUUACGCCAUGGUGGAGCAGCUCUAUGAACUGGGUCAACUUUUUCAUGUUGCAAUUCAACGAAGAGCUUGAUAGGUACGGCGAUGGCGAGCUAGGACCUGCGAGUAUGAAUCCUAUCUUCCGGCUCGCGCAGCAAUUCAUUAACGACGAUGCCGUAAACUCCCUGAACUCAAUUAACUGCAAUACCACGUUUGACGACCCGAGUCAGUAUGUCGUCGACCGAAUCCGCGAAAUAGCAUUUCGCACCUCUGUCGCUGCUGCAACCGUCACGAACAACACCAUUCUCUUUGGAAACGACUCUCUUAUCACGUCUGGCCUUCCUCUCAUUCGAAAUUGGACGCAAACAGUUUCAUAUACCGGCCGGUCAACCCAGACCGUCUACUCGGUCAGUACGGCGUACCUGAUAAGCGCAGUCGUCGUCAGCUUGCUUGGUGUGGUGGCUAUUGCACCGCUGUAUUGGGGUUGGUGGGAGCUUGGCAGGGAUGUCAGUUUCAAUCCGUUGGAAGUGGCCAAGGCGUUUCAUGCCGAGAUUUUGAUAGAUGCCGAUUGGAACAUGAGUAAGGAGGGUUUGGUGAAGAUGGUUGGGGAAAGAGAGGUGAGUUAUCGGGUUGUGGAUGAAGGGGUGAAGGAGGAAUUCAAAGAUGUUGCGCGUAAAGGAGGAGAGGAGACUUGA